AUGAGAAAUCAAACAUGCUGCUGCCAGCCACCAAAAGCUGUGGUGGUUAGGACAUCUUGGACAACAAAGAACCCUGGAAGAAGAUUUGCCUCUUGCAUCAAUUAUAAGAAUGGGGGUUGUUCCUAUUUUGAUUGGGUAGACCCUCCCACUGAUUGGGUAGACCCACCCAUAUUUUCACAAUCAAAUAUGGUGAUCCCAAGACUUAUAAGAAGAAUAAGUAGACUUGAAGAUGAAAUUUCAGCAAUAAACACACCUGAAAUCUUGAGUGGACAACAUCAAAUGAGCCACAAUUCAUAUAGAGAUAAAGGAUGUGGUGAGAGUGUUGCUGAUAGUGUCUCUGUUGUUGAAGAAGAUGAAGAGCCUCAAUAUUUGAAGAGAAAAUGUAAUGGAUGGAUCUUUAUCAUAGCUAUGUUAUUUGUGUUUGUUGUAGUGAAAUGUUGGAUAUAA